AUGGCCGACAACGAUAUCGAUGAUCUCGAUCUCCUCGAGUCUGCGCCAGGCACUCUACUCGCCAUAGCACGCGUAUCCACCAUGGUCGGCAUCAAGAGGCUGCACCAAGGCUUGGGGAAUCUUGGAGGAGAGUUGGCGGCGCUUUCCGAGAUCACCCAGAGACCCGAGAGCACAUUACAGGGGGAGAAGUUCAAGAGGAGGUGGCAUCGUAAAGAGCCCAGUGAAGACUUCAUCUUUUUAUUGCGCCUCUCGGAGCGAUCCCCGUCGUCCAGCAGAGUGGAAGCUGAUCUGGAGGCAGGGCUACUGGCGUAUGCUUCUGCAGGAAAAUUGCCCAAGCUCAUUGCUCUUGUGAAAGGCUUCGCUGGUCACCAGCCCCCGUCGGCAACAGCGCAAGACUCGAGGCAGUCCUUUUUUGGUCGCCGUCCCGGGCAGCUUACUAUGCAAGAAGAUUACCCAAAGCACGUCAGACAGCAGCUUUAUCAAAUGCUUCGAGAGCAUUCCAGAUGCGAGUGUGUUGUCGAAACUAGUGAGUCUGCGGACGCCGUCCCACAAAACAGAAGGCAUUUGUCUAGGUUGCGGCUGAGGCCGUCCCGCAAUUCCAACGAGACAUUCAUUCGUUAUGACAUGGUCUUUUCCUCCCGACCAGUGCUCUCGUCGACUCUCAAACGGAUAGACUGGCAACAUAUGCAGUUCCAAGUCCCCAGUGAAAGACUGGGUAGGGAAGGUGCUGGUAUUUCGAGUCGAGACGCAUCACUGCAUCAUCACACCGUAGAACCACGACUGUGCAGUUACAUGAUCUCGCCAAAUGACUAUCAGAUAUGUCUACAAGUGCACAGGAACUAUCUCUGGUUACUUUACAAUCGCUUGCCACUGGAAGCGCAUGUCACUGCUUCCCCAUCACUGUCUCUGUCGGAGACACUAGAAACUGGACGCCUAUCCGACAAGAUGAAGGUCAUUCUCGCAUACAUCAUUGCGAUAUCCGUCUGGGAAUUCUAUAAUUCUGAUUGGAUGUCAAGACCAUGGAGUGCCGAUGACAUACAUUUUCUGCAAGAGCAGCCAGGAAUUGACCGUUCGACGCCCGUGAUUUUUGUCAACAAACCUUACUUAGCAGUACAGCUGGAGGAAAGCGACGGUCACCAGAACGACUAUAGCGGCAUUAUUGGUCAAGUUCACCAGUACCCCAAGAUCCUGGCUCUUGGGUGGUUAUUGAUCGAGAUAGCCACCGGCAUACGCGCCAGAGAUCUUUCGCGAAAUGAUGAAGUUAACAUCAACUCGGAAUGGCUAUCAGCACAAGAAUUCUUGUCCCGAGGGAUGCCAUGGGAUACUUUCGACUACAGGAACUACUGGGAAGCUGUGCGGAAUUGUGUCAGCAAUCAAUUCAUCAUCGAAGGUCCCUCAUCUGGCAUUUCGCUUGUCGACGUUGAAGAUACGCGUUUGAUGAUCCUCGAAGACGUUGUUAGGCCAUUGGAAGACCUACUUAUUGGAACGGGCUGGAUACAUGAUAUCUGGACGAUUGGAUCGGUGAAGCCGCUGAUGGCAAAGCCAAUUUUAGCCGCUGAUGCAUUGCUGGCAGGGAACGCUAACGGCCCCAGGCAUAAUAACACAAUGCAACCAGAGUCGAACGGAAUAGGUGCUCAGUCUCAGACUGUAGCCGAGACAAUAUUUCCGGCCGAUGUCAGUGUCCGCUCUUCGACUCAAUCCCGCCCGCGCACGCGUCAAGACUUUGGAAUUGGUAUUAUCUGUGCUUUGACUAUUGAAGCAGACUGCAUCAUUUCUUUGUUCGACCAACACUGGGACGAUGACGACCACAGAUAUGGCAAGGCGUUGAAGGACCCCAAUGCCUACACCAUCGGCCGAAUAGGUCAUCAUAAUGUCGUCGUCGUUCAUAUGCCCUCUACGGGGAAAGUCAGUGCGGCCAGUGUCGCCUGGGGUUUGGAAUCGAGCUUUUGCAAUAUUCAGCUUGUAUUAGUCGUGGGUAUCUGCGGAGGGGUGCCAUACUAUCGUCAUCAUAGCAAGCGAGAAAUCUUUUUGGGAGAUGUCAUUAUCAGUCGAUCGCUCAUCCAGUACGAUUUUGGCAGGCAGUACCCAACGGGUUUUGAAUGUAAGGACUGUCUGGAAGGAGGAUCAGGGAAGCCUCCUGUGGAGAUUCGGUCGCUUCUCGCCAAACUGGAGACAUCACAUCAUCGACGACGAUUAGAGCGCAAGAUGAAUCGCCUUCUGGAAGCCCUUCAGGCCAGAGAUGAAAGGGUGGCAUAUCCUGGAGCGGAGGCAGACACACUAUUUGCGUGCUCUUCACUGCAUCGACACCAUGGGGCUGGAAACUGUCAGACCUGUCAGUGGGCGGAACCCGAUGGCAUUUGUCGCGCCGCCAUCAAGAGCAGCUGCGAAGAUUUGGGAUGUUACAGCAAGGGUAUCGUUCAGCGCACACGUUCCCAGAGUGGCACUCAACCUGGCCGUACGGCAGGAGAAAGAAGCUCGUACCGGCCAGCCAUCCACAUAGGCAUCAUGGGGUCGGGGGACACGGUGAUGAAAUCCGGCCGUCACCGAGAGAAAGUUGCGCUAAAGUACGACGUUCUCGGAUUUGAGAUGGAGGGCGCGGGAAUCUGGGACUUCUUCCCUAGCCUCGUCAUCAAGGCCGUGUGCGACUAUGCCGACAGCCAUAAAAAUAAGAAGUGGCAGAUGUAUGCCGCCGCCACAGCAGCAGCGGCCACGAAAGCAUUUCUCGAGGAAUGGAGGCCCGGAAGUGAACCGCCUGUGGACUGA